GAGUCGACGUGCCGCAAACCGACCGGUCGUCGACGUAAAGCUGACGUGAAGCAGCUCACGCGCGGCAGUGUUUAGUGAGAGUCUGCCUCGGCUGGCGUGAUAGCGAACAGCUCACGUUCAGCUAGCUACCCGAGCCUUCCAUUUUGUCACAGCCCUCUCUUCCAGAUUAGUUCACUGACACGUAGCGUCGGAACUACCGUGUUCAGAGUGACACUAAGAGACAGCAGCACUUCUGUCUUUCAGGUGGACGUCGUCAAGACACGUGUUGGCUGCUAGCGAAGCUAUGAAGAUGAGGAAGCGACCCAACAUUCUGCUAACAGGAACCCCUGGUGUGGGAAAGACCACCCUGGGGAAGGAGCUGGCCCAGCGCACAGGCCUGACCUAUGUCAACAUAGGAGACCUGGCCAAGGAAGGUCAACUUUAUGAUGGCUAUGACGAAGAGUACCAGUGCCCGAUUUUGGAUGAAGACGGGGUGGUGGAUGAGCUGGAUGAGAAGAUGGUAGAAGGCGGGGUGAUCGUGGACUACCACGGCUGCGACCUGUUCCCUGAACGCUGGUUUCACAUCGUCUUCGUCCUCCGCACGGACAACACCCAGCUGUACACGCGGCUGGAGAACCGGGGCUACACGGGGAAGAAGCUGCAGGACAACGUGCAGUGCGAGAUCUUCCAGACCAUCUUCGAGGAGGCCAUGGAGGCCUACAGCGAGGAGAUCGUCCACCAGCUGCCCAGCGACACUCCCGAGGACCUGGAGCGCAACCUGGAGCAGCUGGUCCAGUGGACCGAGCAGUGGAUGAAGGACAACAACUAGAAGACGGCUGGGUUCCACUGGCGGGACUGUCAACCAAUAUUAUUUGGACAAUUUAAUUGUUAUUUUCCAAUCUGCAUAUAUUUUCAUAGUGGUGGUGAUGUGAUGGCUUUCUUCAGUGGCCUCUGGUUCUGCAGGGAGUGCUGCUGGGUCACCGCUCUCUCAAACGGUCCAUAGAAUCCACUAACGAGCACUUUCUGACAACCCGUUGUCUGAUUAGCCAUUGCAUGAUUUUGAACCAUUGCAAACUAGUGUCGAGUCAAAGCUCUCAUGUAGUGCUGCAUUCAUGUCAUCUUUUAUAAAUAAAUGACCACUGGGAAACACUA